ACGGCCUUGCGGGCUCGGCGGGGUGAAAGGUUGCAAAGAUGGCGACGGCCUUGAGCGAGGAGGAGCUGGACAAUGAAGACUAUUACUCGUUGCUGAACGUGCGCAGGGAGGCCUCUUCUGAAGAGCUGAAAGCUGCCUACCGCAGGCUGUGUAUGCUCUACCAUCCCGACAAGCACAGAGACCCAGAGCUCAAAUCACAGGCGGAACGACUGUUUAACCUUGUUCACCAGGCUUAUGAAGUGCUCAGCGACCCGCAGACCAGGGCCAUCUAUGACAUCUACGGCAAGAGAGGACUGGAAAUGGAAGGAUGGGAGGUUGUGGAAAGGAGGAGGACUCCAGCCGAAAUCAGAGAGGAGUAUGAGCGGCUGCAGCGAGAGAGGGAGGAGAGGCGGCUGCAGCAGCGGACCAACCCCAAGGGGACCAUCAGCGUCGGCAUUGAUGCCACCGACCUUUUCGAUCGCUACGAGGAGGAGUACGAAGAUGUGUCGGGAAGUGGCUUUCCGCAGAUUGAAAUUAACAAGAUGCACAUAUCGCAGUCCAUUGAGGCACCCUUGACCGCUUCAGACACAGCCAUCCUCUCUGGAAGUCUCUCAACCCAGAAUGGGAACGGAGGGGGGUCCAUUAACUUCGCGCUCAGACGAGUCACUUCUGCAAAGGGAUGGGGUGAGUUAGAAUUCGGAGCUGGGGAUCUGCAGGGACCUUUAUUUGGCCUGAAGCUGUUCCGUAAUCUCACACCAAGAUGCUUCGUGACGACGAACUGUGCUCUGCAGUUCUCGUCGCGUGGCAUCCGGCCCGGCCUCACCACUGUCCUGGCCCGGAACCUGGACAAGAACACCGUGGGCUACCUGCAGUGGCGCUGGGGCAUCCAGUCGGCCAUGAACACCAGCAUCGUGCGGGACACCAAAACCAGCCACUUCACCGUGGCGCUGCAACUCGGAAUCCCUCACUCCUUCGCACUGAUCAGUUAUCAGCACAAGUUCCAGGAUGACGACCAGACCCGCGUCAAAGGCUCCCUCAAGGCAGGCUUCUUCGGGACGGUGGUGGAGUACGGAGCGGAGAGGAAGAUCUCCAGGCACAGCGUCUUAGGGGCAGUGGUCAGCGUUGGAGUCCCCCAGGGCGUCUCUCUCAAAGUCAAGUUAAACAGGGCCAGUCAGACCUACUUCUUCCCGAUUCACCUGACGGACCAGCUGCUCCCCAGCGCCGUGUUCUACGCCACCGUGGGGCCGCUCGUGCUCUACUUCGCAAUGCACCGCCUGGUCAUCAAACCCUACCUCAGGGCCCAGAAGGAGAAGGAGCUGGAAAAGCAGAGGGAAAGCACAGCCACCGACAUUCUGCAGAAGAAACAGGAGGCAGAAGCUGCGGUCCGGCUGAUGCAGGAAUCGGUCCGAAGAAUAAUCGAGGCCGAAGAGUCCAGAAUGGGGCUCAUCAUUGUCAACGCCUGGUACGGCAAGUUCGUCAGCGACAGGAGCAAGAGGCACGAGAGGGUCAAGGCCAUCGACGUGACCGUGCCCCUGCAGUGCCUGGUCAGGGACUCCAAGCUCAUCCUCACCGAGGCCUCCAAGGCGGGGCUGCCGGGGUUCUAUGACCCGUGUGUGGGUGAAGAGAAGAACCUGAAAGUGCUCUACCAGUUCCGAGGCGUCCUGCAUCAGGUGAUGGCACUGGACAGCGAGGCGCUCAGGAUACCAAAGCAGUCUCACAGGAUUGAUACUGAUGGAUAAAGGGCUUGAGAAACCGGAUUAAAAGGAGGCUGCAAAAAAUCAUUUCCUGGGAAUCUACAAAUUUGGAAGCAGGGAAAAUACCCAGACCUGAGGCGUGUUUAUUUCGUGUCUCCGUGGAGGGUGGUGCCGGAUGGGUCACGUGAGGGGCACGGGCGCCGCCUCCCUGGGGGGCCGAGCUGGGGCCCGAGCCUCCGCGCUUCCCAAGGAUCGAGUCCCCGCAGGCAGGGGCCUCCCCAGGCCCCUGAGCUCAGGCGCCGGCUGUGCCACCCAGCAGCCCUUGGGCCGCCGUAGGUAUUUAUGAACUUCCUCCCCCCACGCACAGGACUGUGAACUACUUUUCCUAAAACCCAUGCUGAGCUCAGCAAUCGGAUAGAAGGAGGGGUAGUUCCCCCGGGCAGAGCGAGCGGGUCUCCAGAUCAAGUGAGCCUCUGUCCCGUCCGCGUCCAGAGAACCACCUUUUCCUGCUGAAAUGUCACUAGAGGAUUGCGUGGGUUUAUAAAUCUGCUUUUUAUCUGAGAACAAA